AUGUUAGCGGUGGGAGCGAUGGAGGGCACCCGGCAGAGCGCGUUCCUGCUCAGCAGCCCGCCCCUGGCCGCUCUGCACAGCAUGGCCGAGAUGAAGACCCCGCUGUACCCUGCCGCCUACCCCCAGCUGCCCGCCGGGCCCCCCUCGUCCACUUCCUCGUCCUCUUCAUCCUCCUCCUCCUCCCCCUCCCCGCCCUUGGGCACCCACAACCCUGGCGGCCUGAAGCCCCCGGCCGCGGGGGGGCUCUCGUCCCUGGGCAGCCCCCCGCAGCAGCUCUCGGCCGCCACCCCACAUGGCAUCAACGACAUCCUGAGCCGGCCCUCCAUGCCGGUGGCUUCAGGGGCCGCCCUGCCCUCAGCCUCGCCCUCCGGCUCCUCCUCCUCCUCUUCCUCGUCCGCCUCUGCCUCCUCUGCUUCGGCUGCUGCUGCCGCUGCUGCCGCGGCCGCCGCGGCCGCCUCCUCCCCAGCGGGGCUGCUGGCCGGCCUGCCCCGCUUCAGCAGCCUGAGCCCGCCGCCGCCUCCGCCGGGGCUCUACUUCAGCCCCAGCGCCGCGGCCGUGGCCGCCGUGGGCCGCUAUCCCAAGCCGCUGGCCGAGCUGCCCGGCCGGACGCCCAUCUUCUGGCCCGGAGUAAUGCAGAGCCCGCCCUGGAGGGACGCGCGUCUGGCCUGCACCCCUCAUCAAGGAUCCAUUUUGUUGGACAAAGACGGGAAGAGAAAACACACCAGACCCACGUUCUCUGGCCAACAGAUUUUCGCCUUGGAGAAGACUUUCGAACAAACAAAAUACUUAGCAGGGCCAGAGAGGGCUCGCUUGGCGUAUUCGUUGGGCAUGACGGAGAGUCAGGUCAAGGUGUGGUUCCAGAACCGCCGCACCAAGUGGAGGAAGAAGCACGCGGCCGAGAUGGCCACGGCCAAGAAGAAGCAGGACUCGGAGACCGAGCGGCUCAAGGGGGCCUCGGAGAACGAAGAGGAGGACGACGACUACAACAAGCCCCUGGACCCCAACUCGGACGACGAGAAGAUCACGCAGCUGCUGAAGAAGCACAAGCCGAGCGGCGGCGGCGGCGGCGGCGGCGGCGGCCUCCUGCUGCACGCGUCCGAGAACGAGAGCUCGUCCUGA